CGGGUGGGACAAGUGGUUCGUGGACCAAACCUGACCCACUUGCCAAAAUAGGAAAAAAGUCGGACCCACAAAUAUACACACACUCUCCUACUUCAGUUCAGAUGAUUCUUGAUUUUCUGCCAUUAUUGAACUUUACAAUUCCUUGAAAUAAGUGAAAUAAUAUAUAUACUUUAUAUGUUACCAUUUUUCUACCGUCACGUUUACGCCUCCCCCCAAAGAGUCCACUGUUUCAAUGCCAUAUAAAACCAGCAAAGAAUUUCUUCAGAAAUAAUUCAACCCCACAAACCUUUGUGUGAAUUCCAACUUCUGUUCUUGAAUUUUCGUUUUUUUUUGGUGGUGGAGGGAGGAACAAUGAAGGGGAUUAGUACUAGUUUGUCAGGUUCAGAAAAUAAUCUUGUUUCACUUACAAAGUCUCCAGCUUUCGUCAAAAUCAUCGGUUUUUCUUUUCUAUGCCUUUCCCUUUUCAUCAUUCUCAGAAGUUUUUCAUCAGAUAUCACUACUGUCUCUAACCCCACAACCCCUUCUCCAGAAUUUCCUAUGUCUUUCACUUCCACACCCACUGCCGGUGACAAUCCAUCUCCGCCGCCGUCGGCGGCGGCAGCUGUUCCGAAGCUCCGACAGCCGGGGAUGGAGAGGACGGGGAUUGUUGAUGAGAAUGGGGCAAUGACAAAUGAGUUUGUGGUGGGGGAUUUUGAUGAGGAGGUGAUAGACAGUGUGGUGGAUGAGAAGAAUGGGAGUGAUGAGAAUGGAGGAGGAGUUUUGAGGGGUAAAAUUGGGAAAUUUAAAGUUUGUGAUGAGAGCAUGAGGGAUUAUAUUCCUUGUUUGGAUAAUAUGGAGGGGAUUUUGGAAAGGCAUUGCCCUCCAAAAGGAAAAGGAUUGGAUUGUUUGGUGCCAUGGCCUAAAGGUUACAAACUAAGAAUAACAUGGCCAAAGAGCAGGGAUGAGAUAUGGUUAUCCAAUGUGGCCCGUACACCCUUUGCCAAAGGAAAAGCAGGCAAUAAGUGGGUAGUAAGGAAGGGUGACAAGUACAUAUUUCCAGGAGACAUGACACAAUUUUCCCAGGGUGUAAAUCAAUACUUGGAUCAAAUUUCUAAGAUGGUUCCAGAAAUUGCUUUUGGCCAACGAACAAGAGUUGUCAUGGAUAUUAGUUGUGGAAUAGCGAGUUUUGGGGCAUAUCUGAUGGACCGCAAUGUCAGUACAUUGUCUAUUGCAACAAAAGAUGUGCAUAACAAUCAGAUUCAAUUUGCAUUGGAACGUGGAGUGCCUGCUAUGUUCGCAGCAUUUACUACACACCGUCUUUUGUACCCUAGCCAGGCAUUUGACAUGAUACAUUGUUCCAGAUGUAGCAUAAAUUGGACCCGUGAUGAUGGCAUUCUGCUUCUAGAGGCGAACAGAAUGCUUAGGGCAGGAGGAUAUUUUAUCUGGGCAGCAGAACCCGUUCACAAACAUGAAGAGAACUUGUUUGCACCACUUAAAGAAAUGGAGGAUCUUACUCGACGCCUAUGCUGGGAGUUAUUAAAGAAGGAGGGUGAAAUUUAUAUUUGGAGGAAGCCAUUGAAUAAUAGUUGCUAUCUCAGUCGCGCUCCAGCAGUUCAACCUUCUCUAUGUUCGGCUGGUGAUGAUCCAGAUAAUGUCUGGAAUGUAAAUUUAACGAAAUGUAUUACCCAAUUACCUGAGAAUGGCUAUGGAGCUAACGUGACUGCUUGGCCUGCACGCCUUCACUCUCCACCGGACAGGCUGUUUAGUAUAAAAAUGGAUGCUGAAUUAUCUAGGAGGGAAAUUUAUAAAGCGGAGUCAAAUUUUUGGUAUGCUGUAAUAAAAGGAUAUAUUGGUGCUUUCCGUUGGGAAAAGUUAAACCUACGAAACGUGCUGGACAUGAGAGCUGUAUAUGGGGGGUUUGCAGCUGCGUUGCAUGAUUUCAACUUCGAUUGCUGGGUUAUGAAUGUUGUUCCCAUUAGUGGUCCUAAUACACUGCCUGUUCUAUAUGACCGGGGUUUCAUCGGAGUCACGCAUGACUGGUGUGAGCCAUUUGAUACUUAUCCAAGAACGUAUGAUUUAGUCCACGCUGCUGCUCUUUUCUCAGUCGAAAAAAACAGAUGCAAUGUGACAACUAUCAUGCUAGAAAUAGACAGAAUUCUUCGUCCCGGGGGACGAGUUUAUAUUCGUGACACCACACCUGUUAUCGAAGAGCUCAUAGAAAUUGUACAGGCCUUAGGAUGGGUGUCAUUUAAGUAUGAUAGCAGCGAGGGACCUCAUUCCAAUUGGAAGCUAUUGAUUGGCGAAAAGCGUCUCUAAUAAAACAGAGCAGCUCAGUGCACAAAACAUCUCGUGUCAGCUAUAUGUUUUGAUAUAACACUCACUUAUUUCUAAAGAAGAUAGAUGAUCUAAUACAAAAUUGAUAAAGCCUCUGGAGAGAAAUCUUUUUUUUUUUUUAUAUAUACAGUAAAUAAUUGAGCAAUUUGGUUACUUUUUUUAUUUAAUUUGUAUUUAUUUCUAACCUUACAAGUAAUCUUUUGUUACUUAGCUCUAAAAAAGAUUGCAAGAGCCUCAGAUUUGAUUUCAGUUGCUAUAUACUCUCAUUGACUUGAUUGUGUAACAAUCAUUUACA